AGGAAAAUGAUGAAAAUUGGAUGUGGUUCCUUUCUGAGCUGCAUAAUCUUCUUGAGACCAACAUCGGGAACAUGCCAAGGCUUAUUUUCUUGUCCAAUAGGCAAAAUGGCAUUGUAGAUGCAGUAGAGUCCAACUUCCCAACAGCUUUUCAUGGGUUCUGCUUGCAUCACCUCAGUGAGAAUUUCCGGAAGGAGUUCAACAAUAGUGUUCUUGUCCACCUUCUCUGGGAAGCUGCUAAUGCUCUUACUGUUUGGGAGUUUGAAACUAAACUUCUUGAGAUAGAAGAAAUGUCACCAGAUGCUGCUUUUUGGGUUCGACGAAUUCCACCUCACUUGUGGGCCACUUCGCACUUCGAGGGAACGCGUUUUGGGCAUCUGACAGCCAACAUAGUUGAGUCAUUAAAUUCUUGGAUACUGGAAGCUUCCGGGCUUCCAGUAGUUCAGAUGAUGGAAUGCAUACGUAGGCAAUUGAUGACUUGGUUCAAUGAGCGACGUGAAACAAGCAUGCAGUGGACAUCUCUACUUGUGCCCUCCGCCGAAAGGCACAUCUCAGAGGCCCUUGAGCGAGCGCACAAUUACCAGGUUCUUCGAGCAAAUGAAGCCGAAUUUGAAGUUAUAUCUAAUGAAGGAACAAACAUUGUGGAUAUCCGCAACCGCCGGUGUUCAUGUAGAGGAUGGCAGUUAUGUGGUCUUCCCUGUUCUCAUGCUGUGGCUGCUCUUCUUUCUUGCAGGCAGAAUGUUCACCGCUUUACAGAGAGUUGUUUCACUGUGGCAACAUAUCGCAAAACAUACUCUCAAACAAUACAUCCUAUCCCGGAUAGAACCCUGUGGCAGGAGAUGUCUCAGGGAUCUCAAAAUGAAGGCAGUGGUGAAGAUAUUGUUGUGAAUCCACCGAAGACACUUCGGCCACUAGGACAGACGAGAAAAAAGCAAACUCGUAGAGAAGAUCGUAAUCGUGUUAAACGAGUUGUGCAUUGUAGCCGCUGUAACCAGACUGGACAUUUUAGAACGACAUGUGCAGCGCCCAUAUAG